AUGGCAUCCGCUACCAGCUUCUACGACUUCAAGCCGCUUGACAAGCGCGGCCAGGAGACCCCCACCGCCGAUUACAAGGGCAAGGUCGUCCUCAUCGUCAACACGGCCUCCAAGUGCGGUUUCACACCGCAAUUUGAGGGCCUCGAGAAGCUCUACAAGUCCAUCAAGGAGAAGCACGGUGAUGACUUUGUCAUCCUCGGCUUCCCCUGCAACCAGUUCGCCGGCCAGGACCCCGGUACCGACGACGACAUCCAGAGCUUCUGCCAGCUCAACUACGGUGUCACCUUCCCCAUUAUGGCCAAGUCCGACGUCAACGGCGAUGCGGCCAACCCCCUCUUCACCUGGCUCAAGGAUGUGAAGCCCGGUAUCAUGGGCCUCAAGCGCAUCAAGUGGAACUUUGAGAAGUUCCUUGUCGGCCGCGACGGCAAGGUCAAGGGACGCUGGGCCAGCACCACCAAGCCCGAAGCUCUUGAGAAGCCCGUGCUCGACGAGCUCGCCAAGCCUGCGCCCGCCGAUGCUGCUCCUGCUGCCAAGCCCGAGUAA